AUGUUCAUGGCCAACUGCAUUGUUGAAGACAUCUGCAUCUCUGACGCCUCUACUGCCGCAUGUUCCAAGGAACAGCUCUCUAAUCUCGACUACGGCGUGCAGCGUGCGAUGCCUUCUCGUCUCGGUCAGCUCGAUGACGUCGUUCUUGGUCUUUCUGCGUUGUAUCAUCGAAUCUUCGAUGCACCUUCCGAUGCAAGCGUUCGUGCAUUGAAAGUACAGCUCGCCAUCUUGGUCAUUCUCCUUUUAGGCAGCCUGUCGUGGCCCUGA